AUGGAUUUUCAACAUCGGGCUGGUGGUAAAACUGGUAGUGGCGGUGUUGCCAGUGCAUCGGAGUCGAAUCGCGAUCGACGCGAACGACUUCGUCAAUUGGCUCUUGAAACAAUUAAUCUUGCAAAAGAUCCUUAUUUUAUGAAAAAUCAUUUGGGAACAUAUGAAUGUAAACUUUGUUUAACUUUACAUAAUAAUGAAGGUUCUUAUUUGGCUCAUACACAAGGAAAAAAACAUCAGUCGAAUUUGUAAGUCUUUUUCUUAAUGAAUAAUAUUAGUUAAAAUCUUUUAAAAAGUAUUUAUCGAAUUAUGUUAAUAUUCGAAACCUUUUUGGUUGAAUGCACGUGCUAUUCAAAUAGUGAUUUAAACAGAGAAAUAUCAGUAUUAGUUUCACGGUAAUAUUUGACUUUAGAAUGAGAUCUAUAUUAAUUGACAGCUAUUGUGUUCACAAGGAAGUCUUGAUAAGACUAGAUAAAUUGUAAAAGGGUUUGUACUCAUGGGUCUCUGAUUUCGAGUUAUGAUCAUUUCGUCAUGCACCGAAAAAUCAGAUAGCGGUAGUUAAAUAUGGAUUUGUGUCCAUGAAUAGCUAAUAGAAUAUCCUGAAAAAAAAUCUUCCUUUGUCCAAUAUAUCGACAAAGAAAUAUUCUUUUCAGCUGAAUAUAUUAGGUUCUUCUAGCAGUCAUUUGACCUAUUUAUAGUUGAAAUACGAUUAUUCGAUUUUCCGGUAAAUAGCUAAAGCUGGAUCGAAAGUUCAGUCACACAGUCAUAAUUCGGCUCCAGAGAGUCCCAUAGGGACGAAUCGUAUUCGGAUUUUUCUUGUCUUACUGAGCUUUUCUGGUGAUAUAUCAAUAGAUGGCGCUACUUCCGCCGUAUCUGCCUGUGAUGAUGGUGAAAUACUGUGCUAACUGCUCGGCAGUUCGCAGUAAAACUUAAUAAUGCAUACACUAUUACAUACAAAAAAAAAUUUCCUCGACUAGCCUACAUAUUUUAAGUGCGUGGGUCAAAAUCGUAUAAUCGCCUCUAAAUCAAUCAUAAGAAAAGCUCAAGACCCAGGCAGACAAACUUUUCAGAAAACGCGUUUAAACGCACAGAAAUUGGCC